AAAGCGGUGAUCAGAGGAAAAUUGCUGCUACGACUUAGAAAACAUACAGAGCAGACAAUAUUUGAGUUUACACAGUCUCCGUGUAAAUUAAUUUGUUACUUGGACCUGUGUUGUUUUGUUUAGUUACCCCAGUUAAGUAAGCUUUUACUGAAAUAACUGAAACAACUCGGCCGGCUUCGUUUUUGGUACUCGCUGGGUGGGCUUUAUCCCCUUUCCCCAGCUAGUUAGCUAGCUAGCUGAAGGUGCUAGGUUAGCUAGCUAGCUAACUAACGUGAACUGCAUCUGCUCGGCCGUUCUCAGCGAGUAUUCAACGCAUCAUUUGAACUGAGAACAGAGUCAUUGUUUGUCUGGAGAAAGUUUGUUCUGUCUGAAAUCAGUCAUGGAGAGUGAUGCUGGCUUGGAACAGAAGAAUGGAGAUGUUGCCGUGGAUAAAGUUGAACAGCCAGCAGCCACCAAUCCUUUCAGAUACACCAAGGAGGAGCUUUUGGAAAUAAAAGAACUGCCAGUGUCCAAUGAAAGGCCAGACUGUCUCUCUGAGAAAUAUGACAGUGAUGGUGUCUGGGAUCCUGAGAAGUGGCAUGCCUCACUGUAUCCCACGUCAGAGCGUAGCUCUCCAGUGGAAGGUUUUAAGAAGGACUAUGUGGAUGACAGAGUUCCUUUGAAACGAAGAAUCCCAGAUCCUCGUGAGCGGUUAAAGGAGGAUGAUCUGGAUGUCAUACUGAGCCCACAGCGACGCAGCUUCGGAGGCGGAUGUCAAGGCAACGCUGCACUUGCACCCCAUGCCCGUCGCCCAAUCAGCCCCCUGGAAAACAAGGAGAAUGAGAGUCUCCGUCUAGGAGGGGCACGCAGGAUUGGCAGUGGCCGCAUAAUUGCUGCACGCGCCUUUGAGAGAGAAGCCCGGGCAGAGAAAGAGAGGGAACGAGAGAGAGACUUUAAAGAUAAAAGAUUUCGGAGGGAUUUUGGUGACAAACGUGUGUUCAGCGAAAGGAGAAGGAAUGACUCUUAUGCGGAGGAGGAGCCAGAGUGGUUUUCUGCUGGUCCCACCAGCCAGUCUGAGACAAUUGAGCUCAUUGGAUUUGACGACAAAAUCCUUGAGGAUGAUAGGCGCAAGUCCAAGCGAUCAAGAAAGCGGGCAGAGUCCAUAAGAGAAGCUGUGGAAUGUAACGGUGGGCAGUCAGAAGAGCCAGAUUCCGGAUUGCAAUCUACUGCCGAUCAAGAGGUUCCCCACCCUGAUGUUCUGCCUGAGCAGACCACUGGAGACUUCGACUUCAAUGAGUUCUUCAAUCUGGAGAAGACCAUGCCAGGAUUGGCCUCUGCGCCUUUUUCUGUCUUGCAGAUGAUAGAGGAUGUUUUGGGGGAUGGACCUGUAUCGGCUAGCCGCUUCAGUCAGUGGUUCUCGAGUAACCUGAGCCCUUCAGGCAGCCGGUCCAGCAGUCUGAGGUCCACUCCCCAUGAGGAGCUGGAAAAACUUGCAGGGCUGGAGUCACGUGGCCCGUCCUCCAGCCAAGGCCCUGUCUCAUACUUCACACCUAUUCCAUCAUCAGAGUGCAAGGAGAAGGUGGACAUCCUGGAGCUGCUGCACAAGGCCAAAAUAGACCUGAAGCCUCUUCUUUCCACCCUGUCUGUCAACAAGGCGCGACUACGGGAAAGCACUAACUGUGGAGCAGUGCUCUCUCUGGAGGAAGUGGAGGGGGGGAUGAAGGGGAUGAAGCUGAGCUCAGAACCACCGGUGCGCAAGGUGCAGCCUCCAGAGAGGGGAAACGGCACGCCCUUCAUGGCGCAACAUUUAGAAGAGGCUUUAACCGGGGCCCCAAGCGCUCGUCCCCGCACGCGUGACACGGACAUGUCGGCCUUUAAUAACCUGGUCAGCAGCAUGAAGGCAAGUGGAACUCUGCCAACUCCCCCCAAAACCAACACAAACAACCAACAUUCAGACCCAGCUGUGGUGACCGCGCAGGUGCUUCCGCAGCAGCAGAAGAACAUAUUCCAGGAGCUCAUGGGAGGUCCUCCUCGUAGUAACUCUCCUAUACUACUUGGACAUCUACUGGGAAACUCUGAUGGCCCAACAGCACCGGCCCCUCUACAUGGCCUGCUACACAAGGGCCCAUCACCCCCUCUCUUUCCACAGAGGGCCCCCUCACCUGAAUACUACAACAGUCGCUUGCAUCCUUCAGGAGGCUUUGCCGUUGGUCAUCAGCCCAUGCUGCCAGAACACUUUGAGCUGCACAGGUCUGUCAGUCCUGGAUCUGCUGUACAGCAACAGAUGAGGGCGCUCUCUAUGCCAGUGAAUCAGGCGGAUCUUGAAGCUCUGGCAUAUCAACAGGACCUUGCUCUACAUGGCCACCACUCCUUCCAUCCUGGCUACAAGCAACAGGAUAAAUCUUUUCGCAAUAGACUGCAGCGUGUUAACCGCUCCCCUGGUCCAGGCCCUCAGCCGGCUGGAAGAAACUCUCCAGGCAAUCCAGUCACCAGCAUGUUGUCCCCAUCAUUUACACCAACAUCUGUGAUCCGCAAAAUGUACGCUACAAAAGAGAAAAGCAGAGAUGAACCAUCGGGUCGUUCGGAUAACAAGGAGGACGCAGCAGGACACUCCCAAAAUGACUGCUGCUCCCCAAAUCUGUACCUGGAGGUGAUGGAUGGGAAUACUGGCCACUCUGGGGACGCAAAGGUCUGCUCGCAUAACAUGCCAGGCAAGGACCAGGAACGUCUCAGGCCUGGCUCCGCUGGACACCAUCCUCACAGCAUGGCUCCACCAGGACCCUCCUCAUCUUUCCCUCGUCCUAUCUAUCCAGUACCACUGCUAUCCCAUGUACCUAUGGUGCGUCCUCCUCCCCAGCUCCACCCUAAUUUGGUUCAAAGGAUGCUGGCGCAGGGCAUCCAGCCCCAGCAGCUUGGACCUGCUCUUGUGCAAGCAGGUAUAUUCCCACAACACAUUGACCUUGCCCAACUCCAAGGCUUGCCUCCUGCCCUGCUUGGACAACAGCUGUACCCUCUGAGUGCAACCGGGCAUCCCCUUCUACCUCCCAGAGCCAAUACUCAGAUGCAGUUGGCAGCAAUGCAGCUUCAGCAACAGAGACCAAUACAUCCAGGUGUCCAUGGCUCUCAGACACAGAGCCAAGGCCCUCACCGGACAAAUGGCCCCCAGCACCACGGAGGCCCUCCCCCUCCAGGCCUCGCCAAGUGGUUUGGAUCAGACAUGCUGGAACAGCCACUCCCUUCCAUGCCGGCCAAGGUCAUAAGCGUAGAUGAGUUGGAGUUCCGGCCAUAAGAAAACAAACACUGCUGGAUAGCAAGAUCAUUUUUUUUCCCUUUUGCCUAUCUCCACCUCCUCGUUACCAUAAAAAUGUGAACUUUAAUUUGAAUGACGGUGCACAGACCUAGACAGUCUAACCAUGCCAUGCUUUGUCUUCAACGUUGAAGUCACUGCUUUUUGAAGAAGCUUUUCAGCAGGAAAUUGAAGACGAGUGAUGGCCAUUUGCUUUGCCGACUGAGUGAACAUUUUUCUUUUGUAUUAGGCUUUGCGCAGUAAAUAAUGUAUAGGCCCAAUUGUACAGACCAUGGGAAAGAACCUUAUUCUCCCUGUAUAUAGCUUUUUUUUUUCUUUACUUGAAAUGGGGAAGGUGAAACUAUCCUGCAGUUCAACUGGAAGCUGUGAGAGACACGAGUCCCCAAGAGUUGGUAGCAUUCCUUUGUCUUGUCCAACUUUAUUUUCCCUGCUGAACUACACUGAGAAGGGGCUACUGCUAGUGAAAAAUGUUGGAAUGAUGAGUAUUUCCAGUGUAUACUCUCCUCUUUUGUGGCAUGGCUAGUGGCCCUUUUCUGUAGAUGUGACUGGCUGGAGCGUUUCAAGACAACUCUGCGUGUUGCAGCGAGCGCUGGUUGUGCCUUUCUUUGUGGGUUUUUUUUUCUUCCUUUUAAACUGUAUCCUCUCCCAUCCAUCCUGUCACUGAGGGGAGCAGCAUUGCUCACAUUGUCAAUUUUUUGAGGGUGGUUGGGAUUCAGGUUGUUAUGUGCUAUUAAGUUAUAAAAAGCACAAAUAGAAUUAAUAAAUAAAUUCAGUAAACACAA